CACUCGACCCAGUGACGCAUACAUGGGAAUUCCCAGAAUUUGGGUGUGACGUCUAAUGUCGGAAAUUUUUAAUCAUUUUAAGAAGAGCCACAGUUCGUGCAAGGUCUUUUAUAUUUUUCCUGUAAAUUUCCGGAUGAUUUCCUAGUAUUUUAGCAAUGAAACUGCGAAAUAAUAAAAAAUUAACCUCAGAAACUGGGAAAGAUGGUUGCAAGGCUGAAGUCAAGUCAAAAGAUGAUGAUGGCGAGGAAUCACUGACUGGCGCAGACGAUGACUCCAGACACGAAGAACAUGUAGUCACAAAUCCGAGCACUGCUUCAAGUCACAGUACAACUGUCUCUAGUCAGCUUAAUCAGUUACCAUAUGAUCUACGGCAGCGUCUUGGACCUACAAAAGAUAGGCCUACAGAGCAUAGAAGGCAAGUGAAGAUUGAAGCAAAUAAUUCAAAGAGAAUGAAAACUGAUCAUAAUGAGGAAAAUCCUCAAAACAUUACAUCGGGUGGAGGAACUUUAAAGAUGCAUAGGAAGCAGUCUGAAGAGCAACCGUCUACUAAACACAUCCAAAGCACAGAUGAGGUUGUAAAACUAAAGGUAGCUAAUAAGGACACCCUGAAGCGAAGGCUGAUACAUUUUGAAGAGAACUCAUCAAAAAAACAGAAAACGGACCAUCAUCACCCUCGAAGAUCGAGUCAAAGAACUAUAGGGGAAAAAAUCCAUCAGCACGUUCAUAAGCCGAAAUGUUCUUCAUCUACAAGGCGUAUUGGAAAUAAACACAACAUACGUAAGCCUACUGAUAGACGAUCAUUACCCAUUGGAUGCAGGCAAUCUUAUAAAGCGUCUCCCGUGCAUGACCGACCCAUGCGACAAUACAAAACGUCAUUGGAGAUUCCAAUAAAUGAAAAUCGUCGUACAAAUAGGCAUAUUAAUGAUACACGCCAUGUGCGUAAGCCUACUGAAAGAAGAUCACUACCCGCUGGAUGCAGGCAAUCUUAUAAAGAAUCUCCCGUGCAUGACCGACCCAUGCGACAAUACAAAAAGCCAUGGGAGAUUUCAAUAAAUGCAAAGCGUCGUACAAAUAGGCGUAUUAAUGAUAAACACCAUGUGCGUAAGCCUACUGAAAGAAGAUCACUACCCACUGGAUGCAGGCAAUCUUAUAAAGAGUCUCCUGUUCACGACCAACCCACUCGACAAUGCGAAAAAUCAUGGGAGAGUGCGAUAAAUGCAAAGCGUCGUACAAGUACAAGCAAAGCAAAAUUACUAGAAAGCAAAUUUUGCAAAACUGAUGGAAUAUUGCGUGCGUUGUUACAGAAAGGUAGAUCGGAAAUCUUGAAAGAUAUGGUGUCACAAUUAGAUGAAUUUAGACUAUAUUGCGAAAACGAACGUCUUGUCGAUAGGCUGAAAGAUGAUGGGCUAGCGGUUCUUGCCAAAAUCUGUGACGAGAAUGAUGAGGUCUUUGAUCAGAGUAAUACUAAAAUGUUAAAUAUCUUGAUUACAGUAAUUCAGGAAACUAAUUUCCUAAAGGGCCUCCGUCGCUAUAUCUGCCAGAUUCCUACACGCGACUUUAGGCAAUCUCAGUAUUAUAGUAUAAAUGAUUUGGUUAAAUUUUGUGUAAUAUUCACAAAGACUAUGGUUACAAAAUUCCAGCGUUCGCUUGAUCAACCAUAUAUCGUACUAAACGCCAUUCAAGGCAUCCUGAAUCUUGUCAAAGACAAACUUACAGCUGAUGUCUUACUAAAGAUUAAAGAUCUCACACACUUCAUCAAUAGAAUAAAACAGAAUAAAGUUAGGCCUAAAUAUGUUGAAAACUCAGAUGAUGACAACGAUGAUGAAGAUAUUGAUGUUACUAAAGGUCUUGGGAAUAAAAUUGGAUCAUUUCGAAACAUACCAAUAUACCCUGAAACUCAUGAAUUAAGGAUGAUCGAGAAUCAGUAUCUGGAGCCGAAUAGAAUCGGUGAAGGUUACAAAAAUGCCGAGCAUUAUCUUAAAGUUCAGUUUCAUCUGCUAAGAGAAGAUAUGGUACGUUCCCUACGUGGAUCAAUUGCAUCAUAUAUAAACCUACAUCCGGAUGAUGCAGGUAAUUUAUGGGUUUACAAAGAAGCAACAUUUUGCAAAAUGUCUACAUCGGAGUACGGUAUUGCACAUACAAUCAAAUUUAAAAGUACUAACCGAAGUUGGAGAAAGCGGUUAAAGUUUGGCGCAAUUGUUUGCAUAUCAGCUGACAGAUUUCAGACAAUUUACGUCGCAGUUGUAGUAAAUCGUGAUCAAGUCGAACGUGGUUCCAUUGAUCUUCAGUUUCUUUCAAACACAGACGAUCUUGGUACAAUUUAUCAGCACCAGUAUAUUAUGUUAGAAAGUUGUUCUGUGUUCUUUGAGUCAUAUCGGUACGUGUUAAGUUCACUUAAGUGUUUUAAAACCGAUAAUUUUCCUAUGGAUCGAUACAUUGUUGAAAAUAAUUUAAGUGAUGUAAAACAUCCUAAAUACUUACGAGAUGACAAGGACACAAGCUACAACCUAAACGUCAUUCUAAAAUCACCAGAAAAACAGUUGAAUAAAGUAGACAUAAUGGAAAUCGACACAUGGCCAAGUAUAGAAGAAACUGUUCUCGAUGACUCCCAAUAUAAAGCAAUAAGAAAUGCCCUCACAAAAGAGGUUGCUGUGAUACAAGGGCCUCCCGGAACAGGAAAAACAUUCAUAGGGUUGAAACUAAUGGAAAUUCUUUUAGCGAAUCGACAUGUUUGGUGCAAAUACUCUGAAAUUGAGCCUGAAUCACCGAUUCUUGUCGUGUGUUACACAAAUCAUGCAUUGGAUCAAUUUUGCGAAGGCAUUAUUGAGAAAAAUAGUUUGACGAAUAAGGAAUUCGUUCGUUUGGGAUCACGAAGCAAAAAUGAGACAAUAUCAAAAUUCAGCCUUGCUAAUCAAAGAAGAAGUGUUGGUCGUUCAAGACAAAACCGCUUGACGCCUAUCGAUGACAUAGUGCUCAAUCUGAAUGAAUUAACUGAAGGAAUACUGAGCAUCGAAACAUUAUCAAGCUUCAAUUGCUUAAAUGAGUGUCAAGUGAAAGCAAUUUGUGGAAGUCAACACAAGUCUUUACACGUAUGGUUAGGCGUUGGAGAAUACGAUAAAUAUGUGUAUCCAAGCACCUAUGGCAAAUUUUCCUUACGCACCAGUCUACUAGAGGAAACGAUUGAAAACCUUAAGGUGAAUAGGAAUUCCACUGAGUUGUCGAGAGUCAGGAAGUUGUAUAGGUUUCUUUUAGAGAAACUAGAGAACUUAGUUUCAUGUUCGGAAUUGGCCAAACGCGAUGCAUCUAUUCAUCCACGAAGAUUAGAUGACGGUCGUCGUUGGAAUCUGUAUGCCUACUGGGUAGAACAAGUUCGGCAAUUGCUUUGUAAAGAGUGUCAGGACAGGACUGAACAUAAUAAUGAAGUACGUAUAAAUGAUGAUUUUGAAAUUCUGUCGGGUAAAAAAGUAAUCGCGGCUACGACUUCAGCAGCAUCUAAAAAUGCUGUCCUCCUUAGUCGUCUGAAACCGAAGAUUGUGAUUGUUGAGGAGGCGGCACGGGUUCUCGAGGCACAUGUACUAACCGCACUAACCGGCCAUUGUGACCAUCUUAUAAUGAUUGGUGACCAUCAGCAAUUGCGACCAGAAACAGCAACCUACGAUCUCCGAAAAAGAUAUCACCUUGAUAUUUCACUUUUUGAGCGAUUAAUUCUGAAUGGUCUAGACUAUGACCAAUUGAAGUAUCAGCAUCGUAUGCCACUAAAUGUAUCGAACAUUGUCCGGACCGUGUUCUAUACAAAUCUGAGAGACACUAGUAGGACUGAUAAUGUUAAUAUACCAGGAGUCGCCACAAAUUUGAUGUUAAUUGACCAUCAGAACAACGAAUCAUGUGACUUGGAAAUUCGGAGUAGAUCCAAUCAACACGAAGCUAAAUUCAUUAUAGCCUUUUCCGUUUUUCUAGUUCAACAAGGUUGCGAAGCUGAGAAAAUAACUAUGCUUACACCCUAUUUAGGACAAUCAAACCUUUUGUGGAAGCUGAGUAAGUCUGAACCAUUACUGGGACAUGUAAAAAUAAAAGUACUUGAUGAUUAUCAAGGGGAAGAGAAUGACAUAAUUAUGCUUUCAUUGGUCCGAAGUAAUGACAGAAGAAUGAUCGGGUUUUUAAAAGACGAGAAACGCAUCUGCGUCAUGUUAUCCCGAGCGAAAAAAGCUAUGUAUUGUAUCGGCAAUUUUCAGAUGCUAGAGAGUCGAAAUCCUACAUGGAAACGUGUUGUUGCAAUAGCCAAACGCAGCAAGGUCUUUGGUAAGUACGUCAAAGUGAUGUGCAAACAACAUCCAGAAUUUUCAGUGGAAGUUACAAGUAGCACGGAUUUCAGAAAACUACCAGACGGAGGGUGUCCGACGCCGUGUGAUCAUCGAUUAGAAUGUGGACAUGUGUGUCCAAGGACAUGCCAUCCGCAUGACCAAAGUCACAGUGAAGUAAUUUGUCCAAAAACAUGUGACAAACCUAUAUGCAUUCGUGGACACACAUGCGAUUAUAAAUGCGGAAUGCAAUGUAGGAUAAAUUGCAUACAGGAAGUUAGGAAGGAGUUACCAUGUGGUCAUUUCAAAACGUUAAAAUGCUAUGAGGACCCAGAAGUUGCAAAAUGCCUUUAUGUAUGUUUAAAAAAGCUUCCAUGCGGACAUGAUUGUGAACAGAAAUGUUACGAAACUUGCGAUGAAAAUAAGUGUAAAAUUAUUGUCAAAAAAACAAAUUGGUCAUGUGGUCACGAGGUUACGGUCGCAUGUUCUACUGGCCAAACAUCCUGCCCACAACCAUGCAAGACCAUACUAAAAUGUGGCCACAUAUGCAAAGGAAAAUGUGGGAAAUGUAUCAACGGACGAAUUCAUGUACCAUGCAGAGAGAAAUGCUUACGUACUCUUGUCUGCGGUCAUGUAUGCAACUCGAACUGUUGUCAAGCUUGUCCUCCUUGCAAGAAAGACUGUGAAAAUCGUUGUCGCCAUAGUAGUUGCAAAAAGAAGUGUGGUGACAGAUGUGUACCAUGUAGAGAGAUGUGCCAAUGGUCUUGUGAACAUGCAACGUGUACAAAGACGUGUGGAAAACCGUGUAAUAGACAGCGUUGUGAUGAAGCCUGUACAAAGACGCUACAUUGUACGCAUCCGUGCAUAGGAAUGUGUGGUGAGCCAUGCCCCAAGAAAUGUAGAAUAUGUGAUAAAGAGGAAGUUAAGGAAAUAUUUUUCGGAACUGAAGACGAUGACUCAGCCAGGUUCAUAGAAAUUAAUGAAUGUGGUCAUAUCAUUGAAGUUAGAGCAUUAGAUAGUUGGAUGGAACUUGCUCAAGAUAAUAAUGAUCCUCAAGUUACAGUACAAUUAAAGGGGUGUCCUAAAUGUAAGACUACUAUACGAAAUAGUUUGAGGUAUGGAGAUGUUAUUAAGUCCAGGUUUAAUGAUAUUGAGUCCGUGAAAGAAAAGAUAAAAGGUGAAAGAGAGAGAGACUCUGUUAUAAAGAGCUUUCCUAAACGGUGUAGAACUGGAUUUUAUAGGUGUGGUAGAGAGGUACAUGUACCUAUUUGGCUCCAGAAACUAAUACGAGAUAAGUUUCACAAAGAUGCUUCUUUGCAAGAGAUUAUUGACUUGCGCAAUAAGGUAGAAUUCGUAUUACAACUUCACACUAUAAAACUAAAUUUAUGUCUAUUUCAUUCGGCUGAAAACUAUGUAGAUAUUAAUGCGAGAGCUAAGGCUCUUGAGAAUGUCCUUGAAAAGUAUAAAAAUGAUAUUCUUAGUGAGCAGCAACUAUAUGAUAUUGAAAUUCAGCUACGAUGGAUGCAAGCAGCGAUAAAUUAUCUGAAAUUGAAAAAUACCCCGAAAUCAGAAGAUGAUUUAAAAGAAAUUAAAAAUAUUCUUGAUCAUAACAUUCACUUUCCGAGCGACUUCAGUGAGUUAACAUCUCUUUUUGAUACAGUGAAAAAAAGGUCGGGUCUAGGAAUAUCCGAUGACGAGAGAAUAAUGAUUGUAAAAGCGAUGGAUUUAGCAAAAGGUCAUUGGUACAAAUGUCCUAACAAUCAUGUGUAUGCUAUCGGAGAUUGCGGUGGUGCUAACCAAGAAAGUACAUGUCCUGAGUGCAAAGAAGCAAUUGGAGGAACACAACAUAGACUUACCUCUGGGAAUGAAGUUGCUUCAGAAAUGGAUGGGGCUCGUUAUUCAGCCUGGUCUGAGCAAGCCAAUCUUGAAAAUUAUGACCAAUUUCAGUGGAUCAAUUAAGUACUUCGGAUUGUCGCAAUGUUAGAAGUAAUACUAUUCUGUUAAAUAUAGAGGAUGAGAAUAAGUGUAGGUGAAUUUGAUACUACUUUGGACACAUGAUAAUGCAGUCAAUUAAUCAAUCAAUAUUAGAAGUAUUUACAAUGUGUAUAAUACUCAUAUGUCAAAAAACUAACGUGAUAUCAUAGAAGUGAUGAUUUUCCCUACCUUACGAAUAUAGUACCGAAUAUUCAGUACGUUCCCAAUUACAUGCAAAAACAUGCGCAAAUGAUUCUGAGAAUUGAACCCACGACCUCCAGAUAACUAAUCUAACGGAUACUGCAAAAGUUAUUUCGAUGUGUGUUCGCGUCAGGAAAAUAUCAUAGAAGUGAUGUUUUUCUCUGCCAACGAGUUACUAUUGUAAUAUAUAAGUCUCUUCCCGAGUAAAUUGAUAACAAUAUCCUAACGCAUUUCAAAACACUUAACUAAACAGUACUCUCUGAUGCUUUAUCUGUAUUUAUAGUACCGUAACACUCAACCAUUUCCAUAAUAAAUGGUGUUUGAAUUUUAUUUAUCCGAGCAUAGGCUUUUAAAAGAAGUACGGGUGUUGUCGUUCUUUCUCUUAGUUUGGAUACAAAUUUGGCUAAUUUUAAGUAACAGUUGUUGUCCGGCAGAAUGUUGUAGAAUUCAAAGAAAUAUAAAACACAGUGACUGGUUGAUUGAUUGAUCAUGUACCAAUAUAAUGUAAUAUAAAAAAUGUGAACAACAAUGAAACUAUAACGAAGUAUGUAAUCAAAUAGGCCUAUGGCUUUUCUUAGUUUUUGGUCAAUAUGUAUCCUAAUGUAGUUAUAUCGUUAACAUGCCUCGAUGUAAUAAAUAGUUCGUCUCUAGACGCUUGGUAUACAGAUAGGAUAACUGUAGAAUACUACAGUGUUACGUCACGAUACCACGUGAUACUACUCUGUUGCUAUCGGCGACAGAAAAUGAGUUCAACCGGACGUCAAUUUCACCACUGACAAACCAUUGAUACCGAUUCUAACGUAAUUAUCAAGAUGUUGUAUCUUAGUUUUUCUUUGUAAAUUUUAAUUGAUGAUUAAUUAAUGUUUGUUCGAUAACUAAUAUAA